GGCAGCAAACUCUCGUUCCGUUAGCAAACGUGAACCAACGCCUCGAACUCCGUGUUCGAGGAGGAGACGCGAGGCCGCCGUGACAACCGAGCGACCUGCCCAGUCCCUCCUUUCUUCAGCACGGGUCGGCAGCCGAUAAGGGGGGGGGGAAGCAACAGCCCCCUUUUUGUGUUUUAAUUGCAGCGGACCCUCCCGGGUUUAUCUCAUCCACCCACCUCACCAUGGCGGCGAGUGCGAAGCGCAAGCAGGAGGAGAAACACCUGAAGAUGCUGCGGGAAAUGACGAGUUUGCCCCCCAACAGAAAGUGCUUCGACUGCGACCAGCGCGGCCCGACCUACGCCAACAUGACCAUGGGCUCCUUCGUGUGCACCUCCUGCUCCGGCAUCCUACGAGGACUGAAUCCGCCCCACAGAGUCAAGUCCAUCUCCAUGACGACCUUCACGCAACAGGAAAUCGAGUUCCUACAGAAACAUGGGAACGAGGUAUGUAAACGGAUCUGGCUUGGCCUUUUCGAGGACAGAACCUCCUCAGUGCCAGACUUCAGAGAACCACAGAAAGUCAAGGAGUUCCUUCAAGAGAAGUACGAGAAGAAGCGAUGGUACGUACCUCCUGAGCAAGCCAAAGUGGUGGCCUCGGUCCAUGCUUCCAUCUCUGGCUCCUCAAACAGCAGCACCAGCAGCACCCCAGAGGUUCGACCACUCAAAGCCCUGCUGGGGGAGUCGGCGCCCACCCUACACCUCAACAAGAACACCCCACCGAAUCAGUCACCAGUGGUGAGCCGUGGACAAACCCAUCAGCAGCAGUUCCAUGACAAGAAGUUUGACCUCCUCAGUGACUUGGGUGGAGACAUCUUUGCCGCCCCGCCUAACUUGAACGCAGGCGCCAGCUCCAGUUUUGCUAACUUUGCACAUUUCAACAGCCAUGCAACAGCACAGAAUGCCAACGCAAAUGCAGACUUUGCAAAUUUCGAUGCAUUUGGCAGCACUUCUGCGUCAUCAGGUGGUUUCCCCGCCGCACCCCAAGCCCCAUUCCAACCCUCAAAUGCAGCGUUCACUGUGCUCUCAUCCAGCCACAGUAUGGGUGAGUUUGCCACUGCUGUGCCUCUCCAGGGUGCACACAGUAGCGCCUCAGGGGGACUAGCAAAUGCCAGUUUUGCAAAUUUUGACAACUUCCCCAAAUCGUGUAGUGCUGACUUUGGAGCCCUCAGUUCCUCCUCCCAGAGUAACUCCACAGGAAGUGGCAGAGAUGCUGUACAGAGUACUAGCACCGCUGACGAUAGAUACGCAGCCCUGGCUGACCUGGAUAACGUGUUAAGCUCUGCCAAUACAGAGCAAGGAGGUAUCCCUGGGGUGGCGAGCUCAGCCACAGCAGCUGGAGCGGGCGGUUUGCCUCAGAAGCAGCCGGCGGUGCCAACAGGGGGGGAUCGCUAUGCUGCUCUCGCUGCGCUUGAUACGGUCUUCAGUUCCUCAGCACCUGCCACUAGUGUUUACAACACCACCAGCACCUCACAAGGGGGCAUGUUCGGCUCAGAGACUGGGGUGUCAACAGCACAAGCACAGCAGGCCCUGCCUGGCAUGGCUCAAGGUUUUGGAGCACAAUCAACUAAUCCUUUUGUAGCUGCUGGAGUCGCCCCUGCAGCCGCUCCCACCAACCCGUUCCAGAGCAACGGCAGAGCAGCAAAUGUAGCGGCAGCAGCAGGCUUGAUGAGGGUUCUACAUGGGCAGGGUUUCCCUCCCACGUUUGCAGCCUCAUUUGCCACAGGCUCCAUGAGUAUGCCAGCUGGAUUUGGGAAUGCCGCUGGCUACAACCUUCCCACCAGCUUCAGUGGAACCUUCCAGCAACCCUUCCCCGGGCAGGCUCCCUACACUCAGCCUCCUGCAUAUCCCCAGCAACCCAACGGUGGAGGAUAUCCAGUCUAUGGCCCGGCCAAGUCCGUUGUGACUCCUUUCGGGCAGGCAGUGGCUGGACCGAUGGUCUCAAGUAACCCUUUCCUGGGUGCAGGUCCGUCUGCACAGUAUCCAGGAGGGGGCUCUUCCACGAAUCCCUUCUUAUAGCGAUCCAUCCAAUCAGCUGCACUUCAGGGUCAACAACUGGCGCGCUUGCACCUAUUGCACUGUUUUGUUUCACAAGUAGCUUUAAAAACACAAUGUUUGUAAGGAUUUGUAUUUUCUAUCGCAGUUUGUCACUAAAGGAAGAAUACGACGGGCGGUCAUGCCGACGCUGUCUAUGGCUACAAAACAAAGUGAUGGUGUGUGCAGAGGGAGAGGUUGAUCCCCUCUUCUCUAUUUAACCUGUGAACUGGCCUGGCCUCUACUGAGCCACAAUGUAUAAUCAAACUGGCUGAAAACUUAAGUUAUUGCAUUCAGUAUAUCCCAUUCAUUAUGCUGCAAUUCUGUACAGAUUAUUUUUUCUUUUAGGAAAUUAGCUCUUUGUGCAUAUCAGUAUUUGUAUCUAACACAAUAUUUGUUAAGACAGAGCUGUUGCUUGGAAAAGCUAAUGGGUACUGCCAUUUACCGUAUUUGUAAAGAACCUGUUUAUUUGUGCGCAAUCCUCUAAUGGAUCCUCUAAAAAAAAAAAAAAGAAAGAAAAGAAUGCACAUUAUGUUGUGUAGAGAUGGGAGGGGAAAAGGAGCGAAUGUUGCUUCAGGGAUGGGUCGGGGACUCACAAUGCUCCUCAACUACAGUGAACCACAUCCAUAUUUGGGUAACAAUAAUGGAUUAUGAACUGAAAACCACUUGCAUUGGGUGUGAGAUCAUUUUAAGUUAAUAUGUAAAUAUAUACAGUAUAUAUAUUAAAAUGAAUUUUAAGUAAGAAGAAAUGACCAAACUGUUCAUUUACACUGAUGGAUGGAAAUCUUGUACAUUUGUUUUGUAUAAAGAAAAAGAUCUAUA